GAAGAAUUAACCCGGCGUUUGGAUGUGGCAAACUUUACCAGAUUGUCUGAAUAUAAAUCCAGAUAUCUGUUCGUUUAAAGACUAAAGAUGCCGUUGAAUCAAAGAGCUAUAAAAAUAAAUAGAUCGGCAACUUGAAAGGCAUAUAGAGCAAAUCUCGCCAACAUCCUGUGACAACUGAAUGAGAUCUCGUUGUAAGCGUCUGUUGUUAACGAUUGAUUAAGUCGGCAAACGCUUUGGAAUAAGCCAAAAGGAAAACAAGGUACAAAAGGGCAAAAACAGAUUGAAACAGAAAAUGGACAGACACUAUCAUUCUACAUGUACAUAGUUUUAUGCGUAAAUGCAAUAUUCUAUGGUGCCCAAUAUCUACUAUUCAGUGAAUCAUGCUGUCUGUUUUUCAGGCAAUAUUCUAUGGUGCCCAAUACCUGCUAUUCAGUGAAUCAUUUACAACAUUUUAUAUUGUACUGUCUGUGUUAGCAUUAUGUGUAUAUGGAGGAUGUUACAAGUUUAUGAGCAGUAUGGCUGGACAAGGAAUAGAUAUAAAUAUGGAGUCUGGAAUGGCAGAGCAUGCAAAAGAUGUGUUAUUAUUGACAGCAAUUGUAGAAGUUUUAGCAUUGAUUUCAAAUUAUUUUUGGCUUUUUUGGUUUGUUGCGCCAGGUAGAGCAUUCUAUUUACUUUGGGUAAACAUUUUAUCGCCAUGGUUUUUCCAAGAAGCUCCCGAGGUUGACGAAAAGAAGCAGAAAAAAAUGGACAGAAAAAUGAAACGACGACAAUGAUAACUUUUACUAGAAAACUGGAAAAUAUUGUGUUAUUAUCAUGUGUUGGCCCCAUAAAUUAUUUCGAUUUUACUGGUGUAGAGGGCCUGAAGGUUUGAAAAAUAAUCGGGUCAGUUGGGGUUGAAAAGUUAUUCACUCGAGUUGGAUUAGAAAAUUCGGUGAAGACAUUGUUUAGGUUUCUUUAAAUUCUGAAGGACGGAAAGUCAGGAGAUGGAGUAAACAAAUUCCGGAGUGAAUUUUAACCUCAUCCAAAAUAUUUCUGAUAACUUUUGUAUUCCAUAAAUGUCUCUGAUGACCAACAUAUGUGUUAUUCAUCUUCAGCUAUAUAUAUUUAACAUAAGUCAUUUUGGAUGCUAAAUAUCUAAGUCCUUGAUGAUAACCUUAGGACUCGCUCUUCUUUCGUAAGACCUUUAAUAUCAUUUAAGUGGUAGAAAAUUGUCUAAAAUUUGAUAAAUACUAACACAGAAAAAUAAGUCUUUUUUUUACUACUGUAACAUAUGUUAGACUUUUGGUAUAUCCGAUGUUGAAAAAUUAAAUUCAUAUUUCAGCAAACGAUUAAUAUAUCAUUUAAUCUGCAGACUUCAAUUAUUCAGUUAUUGGCAAAAUGUUAAAUACAUUUAUUAAAAUGCAAAAAUCGAGAAUAUAACCUAUUAAUUCCGUCUAUCUAAAACGAACAUCGCAUCUAACUUCUGCAGUACAAAACUACCUCCCAGUCUGUGUUUGAAUUGUGUUUGUGUUUACCAAUUGCGAUUCCAUAUUUUCAUUUUGGGCAUCAUUUGGCUUCAGAAAACUUGUCAUUACUUAACCUUAGUUGCGGAAACUGAAAUAUAAAAAGCCAGAGAAGCUUUUGGAUUUUACCAAAGACUAAACCAUUGUUAAGACUGUGUUGCAGAAAUUCAAACUUAGAAAAAAACCCACCCGAAACUGUAGUUCACUCACAUAAAUUUAUUGUCAAAAAUAUGACUGUAUAGCUGUGUCCAUAAAAUAUAUAUUUCUUUGAAAAAAAAUAUACAAGCACUAAAAUAUAUAUUCAUUAAAAGUAAUAUAAAUACUAAUAUGUAAAUAAAAAGAAGUGAGGAAAAAUAUUAAAGGUAAACCGUGCCCCCCCCCACGCGAAACAAAAACAAGAACUGUCACUAAUGGUGACAAAUGCCCCCGCAGCGCCUUGACCUUUGACCUGGUGACCCUAAAGUCAGUAGGGGUCGUGUACUCGAUAAGCACUAUCAGCAUGUGAAGUUUGAAGGUCCUGGGUGCAGUGGUUCGCGAGUAAAGUGCCUUCAUGCAAAAAGUUAACGUUGUGACGAACGAACUAAUGAACGGACGGACAGUUGAAAACUAAUAUGCCUCCCUUCGGGGGCAUAAAAACAUCUGAAAUGCAUGGUAUACUGGAGAACUUUAAAAAAAUGUUUGUUGGUACUCGUGGAGAACUAGAGCAUGCGUAAUUGAUUAUCUCAGUAGUCCAGAAGAUUCAAUCGAGUAGUGAAUUCGGUCUGUGGGCGCAUAUUCAACAUGGCGAUUGGUUAUUAACUAUGUUUUACAUUUAUUCGGCUUCCAUCUCUCAGUCAUGUGUGGGUAAGACAUUUAAUAUAAUUACUAGCGAAAAAUAAGUUGGUACUGGUACGGAAACAAGUAAAACUACUAAGGUUAACUUUGCGACGUUAUAUAACUGAACUAAUGUGGAAACCGUCAAAUAAACACUAUAUUAAACAGUUUAUAGGCAACAACAGUUCCAAAACGGGUCUUUUUAACGUCGCAGGUGACUUUAAUUCACAGCUGACGCUGAACUUCCAAGGUGAUUGAGAAGUAAGCAUUAAGUCAUGUACACUUGGCAUUAUAGUCUAAGCAGAACGAAGCAGUCAAACUGUUCACUUUCUGCACAAUUUCAUUCAAUCAGUUUCUUCUCAUUCAUUCAUUCACAAAACGAAUGAAUUCAUUUGAAUCGUGAGGAAGAAUAUUUCUCCCUCUUCAUUGUCGACCAUCAUUUACUCAAUAUGUUUAAUGUAUUUUCAAAAUCCAAAUAAAAUGUUUUAUGACUCUUGGUUUUCAUCGAUUGUUUUCUGACGUUUCUUUGACGACUUUUUCGAUGUACCUGGAGCAGUCUCAUCAGGCACUGCAAAAUAAAUGGAGACAAUACUCAAAAACGAUUUAAACAAACCGUAUUGGUCGUUACUGGAACAAUUUUACUCUUAAUAUAUAACUUUUGCAGUCAGACAAUGACUUUCUUCCCUGUUCAGGUAGAAUUUCUUUUAAUAGACAACUUUAUUUAAAUACGUUGACUUGUAUUAAAAUGUUACUACAAGCCAAAUAGGCCAUAUUCUUGUAAAUAUGUAAACAUGCUAUCCUCGUGUUUACAGGUAAAAUGACAACGAGAUCUUUCAUUCUUGAAUCUUGAUAAAGUACAACUAUAACAGUCACUGUUUACAAAAUCGUGGUCUAAAAUUAAUUACGUAUGGCUGUAAAGUUAAGCACGUGGCAUGACUGUCACUGAUUUAAGUCGUUCGUAGUAAUGUCUUUAGGGGACAUCUCUAGUAAUCAAGAGUAAAAUUCUUCUCAUUAAAUGUUUUUUUAUUUAAUAGGAAUAGUUACGUAUUCUUAUCAUAUCGACUUUAGGGGAUACGCACGGGGACCAUGGGCUAGCUUAAAGUUUAUACAUACAUACAAUUUUCACCACGAUCAGAUUUUGAAAUUAGACUUCACAGAAAUAUUUCUCAAAUGACUCUACUUAAUUGUUAAAGCCAUCGUAUUUCGCCAAUAAUCAUCGCUGCGGGGGAAGUGGAUUGGAUAGAUUUUACCUGUGUGUCUUAACGCAAAAUUGGAAAAAAAAAUUCUCGCUGAAAAAUGCUACACAGCAUCACAAGUUUAAUGGACACCAUUUUCUGUUGUGUCUUUUUCCCUGUAUUUGUUAAUGCCUGUUGGUUCUUUGAAACAAUUGUGUUGACGAUAUAUAUGUGUUAGCACAAAAUAAUCUAUGCAAAUUAACGGAUAAUCUGUAUGAUGAAGAUAUUUCUGUAAUAUAAGUUUGAUAUUUCUUCCUCCAUUUCCCUUUAUCACAAAUGAUUGUUUUAUAAAGUAAGGUACUAAUAAAAGAUUUUAAUUAA